ACUUUGCUGGCUGCAUGGAACCUUCUCCUUCUCACUAUCUCUCAUCACUAACAUCUAUCUAAUGCAACCAAGCGUUUCUUUCACAAUGCCAAUGCUCAUUUAAAUCUCUCUCUCUCUCUCUCUCUCUCUCUCUCUCUCUCUCUUCCUCACUGUUCAUCUUUUUCUCUCUUUCUUCUCCCUUUCUCUCUCUCAAUUCACCACCUUUCAAGCCAUGGACUCGCACUGGAGCUCUCGCCAGACGUUUGAACGCUAUGUUUAUGAUUAUCUUGUCAAACGAAACAUGCACCGCACUGCUGAGGUUUUCAGGAACGAGACCAACCUUCAUCUGGAUGCCGCUGCUUCUUCGACUGAUGCUGUGGAUGUCCCAGAAGGAUUUUUGCUGGAGUGGUGGUCUGUCAACAAUGAUUUUGACUUCUUCAGACAAAUGCAUUUGCAGGAAAAACAUGGGUUUUUAGGAGGAAUGCAAGGACGUAAUGCUUUUCAAGAAGUAGGGGCUUCGAUAAAUGUUCAACCAAUGUAUCAAUUUUCUAAUAAUUUUAAUCCUGUUCAAGCACUCAACAUAGGAAGCAACUUGAUGCCAUCACGUGUAACUGGUGAAUGGCCAGUAUUUUCCUCACCUUCUGCUCACCAAAAAGUAAGUGGUAAACUGCCACAAUUUCUGUUCCCAUUUCCCCGUCAAGAGGCGUUUGGUCAAUUGCAACAACUUUCAUCUUCACAUCAAGACGUGGUGAUGACACCAGUUGAGAAAAAAACAGAGGUUUCUAAUGUCAAUAGUGCAGGCGCAAAUUCUGGAUUUGUUGAGGAAACAGAUCCGCUCAUUGAGAAUUUGUUAAAAUCUUUUUGGUUGUUUGAACCAGAUGAACCAAGCCUGUUUGACAAGUCAACAGUAGGACAGAGCAGCAGAAAUGCAGAGAAUUUGGUGGAACGUGGAGUUGGAAACACUAGUAUGAAUACAAUUGCUGGUUCAGCACAAGCACUAGAGGAGGAGGAUAACAAAAGUGACACAAGUGAUUGUUCCAGCAGUUUCGAAUUUGUUCUUUCUGAUGCAGAUGCCUCAUCAGACCCUCAGUUGGAAUCCAAUGGAGAAACAUAAAUCAGUAUCUUCAAGCAUGGAAUGUGAUUUGUUGUCUGCAAUAAUGAAUUCCCUUAUAACACGAAUCUUGUCAACAACAGAGGUAUCAAGGCUAAUUUGUGAUGAACAACUAGCAUGCAGAAAAGGCUUCUGAACUGUUUUGUCAACUAGGAAAGAAAAUGCUGUGUCCAAUUUUGUUUUGAAGUUUGCAUAGAUUACCAGCUUUCCCAAGUAAGCUCUUGAUCACUCAGCAGAAGGAAUAAAGGGAAAUUUCCACAGUAUUAAAAGUGCAGCACUUGGUGAUCCUUCAGUUACCAUAAGACUAUUUUUUCUUUUUCUUCCCAUUACAUGCUGAAACAAAUGAACAACAAAGAAGACAUUAAAGAGGCUGACUCACUAAGAUUCCUAUUCUGUAAAUCAUCUCAUUUGUAGCAGGUAAGCAUCUCUUUAGAGCUAACACUGUCAUAGUGGUUCUUUUUUGUUGACAUUAAAGAGGCAUAGCUCAAGGAAAACAAAGAAAAUCCUAGCCUUUUGGAAGGAACAUACUACAUCAGCCAUUAUCACUGUAGAAAUAGGAGGAGGGAGCAACAUUAAAAAUAUUUACUUGUUCCUGAAGAAAUAGUCCGCACUUAGCCGAAGUAUCAGCAACCUGAACAUGGGCACCCACAAUCUGUUGGUCUCAGAAAUGUUAUUAUUUGCUGCAACCAAAGAAAGUGCAGGAUAAAUCCUGUCAACCAAUGUUUGUCCUUGUAUACAUUGGAAUCUGAGUAAACUAUGAACUUCCUAAGCCUCUACUCCAAGCAAUAUUAAUACCAUUGUGAAUAGCCAUAUUGGUCAUUUAUAUAUUAGCGACAUUUUUCUGUAUUUCCGUUUGUUAGAAUCUGUUUUAUUAGCUGUGUUAUUUUUGUCAGGAUUUGUGUUUUAUUUUUUUCUUAUUUAGCAAAUUAUAAUUAAAGUGUAUGAUGGAGAUAUCCCUGAAUCAUUCGGAUUUGGUUGUCUAGGUGCUAUUAUUAUACUUCCUAAAAUAGCUUUCUAGUCUUGUAUAUAUGAAUUGUAUUCUCAACAUAAUAGAUUAAAAAAUUCUACCCUAAAUUAUAACUUGGUAUCAGCGCUCUCAAAUUUUAGGAGCCGCCUCAUACUGCACCCACCAAAACCCUAGAUGGUAGCCUUCAUUGCUGCCACCACCGCUUUCAAGACAACCUUCAUUGUUGUCGCAAACCAAACCCUAGCCGCAGCCUUCAUUGCUGUCAAUCGUUUUUUUAUUUUGGGUAGCCUUCAUUCACUGCAUUACGGUCUUUGUACUGCAUGGACAUGGCAAACCAAAUUCCUAAAGUGGUGAAUACUAUGUCACAGCACACUUAGGAACAACUGAAGCACCUCAACAUUGCCUACCGAUGGAAUGGGAAGAAUUAUUUGAAAUGGGCCCAACUUGUUCGCUGAACUUUGAGAGGUAAAGGGAAAACUAACCACUUGACUAAAGAUGCUCCUAAAGAAGAAGAUCCCAGAUUUACAAAAUGGGAUGAAGAGGACUCUAUGAUCAUGGCAUGGCUACAGAACUCCAUGAUCCCAGAAAUCACUGAUACUUGCAUGUUUCUUAAUUUUGAAAAGGAGAUUUGGAAUGCCAUGGAGCAUACAUACUCCAAGGUAAAGAUGCUGCUCAAAUAUAUGAUGUAAAGGUGAAGACUGUCACUGCAAAAUAAGGAAACAAGAUUGUUACAGAGUAUACCAAUCAACUCAAAUCAUUCAUUAUGGAUGGAAUUAGACCAUUACAAGGUCAUAAAAACCAAGUGCUCAGAUGAUUGAGCAAUGCUCAAAGAGUAUAUUGAGCAAGAUAGAGUCUGAUUUCUUGGUGGGGCUUAACUAUGAUUUUGAUCAAGUGAGAGCCCAGAUCCUUGGAAAAGAAAAAAUUCUAGGAAUUAAUGAAGUAGUAGCUAUGGUCAGAAGUGAAGAAAGCAAAAGGGGAAUAAUGUUGGAAACCCUAGCCAUGAUAGCUUUUGGAUCGGACAUGAUGGUAGACCCGAAAAAGGGGGAAGGUCUUCCUACAUCACUGUCGCCUUGGAUAUCCUUCCUUUAGGGUCAUAAAAUCGUUAUUCCACUCCCUCUUUAGCAAAUUAGAUGUAGCAAGUCUCAAUUGUGAAGUGUGAGCUUGCUAAGCACAAACAUGUUCCUUUUCCAGUUAGUAAUAAUACGAGCACUUUUCCCUUCUAUUUAAUUCAUAUUGAUGUGUGGGAUCCCUCAAUUGUCCCAAAUGUUUCUAGUGCCCGUUGGUUUCUUACCUUUAUAGAUGAUUGUAUUCGUGUCAUGGGUUUGCUUACUAAAACCAAAGUUCGAAAUCAGCUAUGUGGUUCAAUGUAUUUUCUCCAUGAUAAAAAAUCAUUUUGGUGUUAGCAUUAAGAGGAUUAGAUUCGAUAAUGCUAAAGAUUAGUUUAAUCAUGGGCUUAUUUCCUUUUUUCAUGUUAGAAGUGGACUUUAAGUCUAACUCAACCCCACAAAACCGGCUUGUAGGGUGAAGUUUGCACCCACUUAUAAACUAUGAAUUGGCCUUAUCUUUAGUCGAUGUAAGACUUUCAACACACCCCCUCACGUCGAGGUAUAUACAUCUCGAGCGUGGGAUUAGACAUUUUUAAUGGGUGGUCCGAUAGCGGCCCGAUAGCGGAUGGAACAAUAUGUCCAGCAAACAACAAAUACCAUGUUAGAAGUGGACUUUAAACUUAACUCAACCCCACAAAACCGGCUUGUAGGGUGAGGUUUGCACCCACUUAUAAACUAUGAAUUGGCCUUAUCUUUAGUCGAUGUGAGACUUCCAACAUUUCAAAAAGAAGGUAUCAUUCAUGGGAUUGCUGAGAGGAAAAAUGGGCACCUUCUAGACCAAACUCGAGCUCUUCUUUUUCUACAUAAGGUUCCUAAAAGGUUUUGGGGGAGGCUUCACUGCGUGCUACCUAAUUAAUAGACUACCUUCUAGUAUUCUAGCUUCCAAAAACCCUAUGAAGGUUUUGUCCUCUUUUUAUCCUAAUGUGUCUACAUCCAACCACCUUGUUCCAAGAAUAUUUGAGUGUGUAUCUUUUAUCCAUAUCCAUAGCAAUGAUAGAGGUAAACUUGAUCCUAGAGUCUUAAAAUGUGUUUUCAUAGGAUACUCAUCAACACAAAAGGGAUAUAAAUGCUAUCACCCACCAUCCCAAAAAUUCUUUAUGUCGAGAUAUGUCAACUUUUUUUAGCACAAAAGUUACUUCAACAAAGAUUAAGGGGAGAUUGCCAAAAAUGAAGAUGAUCUCCUUAUGCUCCCUGACUUAAGUUUAGGACCAGAAAUAUGGACUAAAAGUGUAACAAUUGAGAAGGAAUCCACUAAAUCCACUCAAGAUGGGGCUGAUGUAAGAUUCGGUAAAAAAACUGGUAUAUACAAGGAAGACAAAGGCCAUUCUAGAAUUUGUCCAUGUCCAACCAUCCAAUCCAACAUUACUGGAUGUAACUACUCCUAAUCCUUUAAUGUAGACUGAAUCAGCCUUUAAUUUUCCAAAUGUACAUGAACUCAUGAAUCCAGUUCAGCACCACUUUAUGAGGAGCUAGAUAUUCCAAUUACCCUUAGGAAAAGAGACUAGGAAAUGUACCACCACGCCACUGUACCCUCUAGCCAAUUACCUAUCCUUUAAAAACUUCUCACCUACCCAUAAAGCCUUCCUCACAAGCCUAAACACUACAACCACACCCAUCUCUUUAUAUGAGGCAUUGAGUGAUAAAAAAUGGAAACAAGCCAUGGAUGUGAAAAUGGAAGCAUUAGAAAAGAAUAGUACCUGGGAUUUGGUUGCUCUCCCAAAUGGAAAGAAACCAGUAGGGUGUAAGUGGGUAUAUACUAUAAAAUACAAGGUUGAUGGAUCCAUUGAGAGGUACAAAGCAAGGUUAGUAGCUAAGGGAUUCACUCAAACCUAUGGAGUGGAUUACAUGGAAACAUUUGCUCCAUUGCAAAAAUGAAUACACUUAGGGUGAUAUUAUCCCUAGCAGCUAUUUAUGGUUAGAACUUGCAACAAUUUGAUGUUACAAAUGUCUUCUUCCAUGGAGAAAUUGAAGAGGAGAUUUACAUGGAAUUUCCCCCUGGAUAUGGUGGAAAAACAAUUGCCAACAGUGUUUGUAAGCUAAAAAUGGCAUUGUAUGAGCUCAAACAAUCACCACAAGCAUGGUUUGGAAGGUUUACUAAAGUUAUGAUAGGUUUGGGCUUUAAACAAAGUCAAGGAGACCACACUCAAUUGACUAAACACUCUAAGUCAAGGGGAGUGACAAUAUUACUAGUUUAUGUGGAUGAUAUUAUAGUGAUAGGUGAUGAGGAGGAGGAGCAACAACUCUUAGGCCAACAUCUAGCCAAGAAUUUUGAAAUUAAGACCUUGGGAAAAUUGAAGUAUUUUUGGGAAUUGAAGUGACCCAUUUUAAAAAGGGAAUAUUCAUAUCUCAAUAGAAAUACAUCACACAUCACUGAUUUGUUGAAAGAAACUAGUAAGACAAAAUACAAGCCUUCAAGUACACCAAUUGAUCCAAACCUGAAAUUGGGAAACACAUAAGAUAUUGUAUAGGAAAUGUAUCAAGGGCUAGUUGGCAGACUAAUAUAAUUAUCUCACACUAGAGCUAAUGUUGCAUUUGUUGUGAGUGUAGUUAGCCAGUUCAUGCACCAACAGAAGGAGGUUCACUUACAAGUUGCACUAAAAAUUGUGCAAUAUUUGAAGGGGACCCCAAUCAGGGGAAUUUUGUUUGAACGAAAUGGGAAUGUAAGUCUAGAAGCAUAUACAAAUGCAAACUAUGCAAGGUCAAUUGUGGAUAGAAGGUCACCUACAUGAUAUUGCACUUUCCUUGGAGGGAAUCUUGUGACUUGGAAGAGUAAAAACCAAAAUGUGGUAGCUAGAUCCAGUGUUGAAGCAGAGUUCAGGGCAAUGGCACAAGGGAUAUGUGAACUAUUCUGGCUGAAGAUCAUCUUGGAAGACUUAAGAAUAAAAUCGGAUGAACCGAUGAAACUUUAUUGUGAUAACAAAUCUACUAUUAGCAUAGCUUAUAAUCUAGUGUAGCAUGAUAGAACCAAAAAUAUUGAGAUUGACAAACAUUUUAUCAAAGAAAAAUUAGACAGUAAUCUGAUCUGCACUCCUAAUGUCUUCUCACAAGACAACCUUGCAAAUAUUCUAGUGAAGGGGUUGAACAACAUCAAUUUUGAGAGUAUUGUUUCCAAGCUGGGAAUGGAAAAUACCUAUUCACCAGCUUGAAGGAAGUGUUAGAAUCUGUUUUAUUAGGUGUAUUAUUUCUGGCAGGAUUUGUGUUUUAUUAUUUCCUUAUUUAGCAUAUUAUAAUUAUAGUGUAUGAUGUGGAUAUCCCUGAAUCAUAGGGAUUCAGUUGUCUAGGUGCUAUUAUUAUAUUUCCUAAAAUAGUUUUCUAGCGUUGGAUAUAUGAAUUGUAUUCUCAACAUAAUAGAUUAACCGAUUCUGCCCCAAAUUAUAACACCAUUUGACUUAAGGCUCUGGUGUGGAUUGAAACUACUUUCGGCCUUGCUUUUUAAAUUUUCUUAACUAACAACUGGUUUGUUGUGCUAUAGCCAUUGAUAGGUGGCUAGAUAUUUACCAGAAAGCAUGCAAGUGUUGCCACUAACAGUUGCAGUGUUCAACAACCAAGCAUGCCACCUAGAAAUCAGCCAUGCGUGUAUAUGUCCAUGUUUUAAAGUUAUAUGAUUUAAUGAACUUAUAUGAGAUGCUUCUGACAUAAUAAUUCAGCAGAAAGUGAUGUGCAUAUUUUUGGUGAGGAAAAUGAUGGAACAUUGAGACUUGUAAUUUCGGCAGAAAGUCAACUAAAGAAUUACUGCACAGGACUAAAUCACAAGCAGUUUUCUUCAGUCAAAAUUGCUCAACUAGUCAUGAGAAGGGUUGUCCCCCAAGUGCAUCAGAGGAAUGCAACUUUCAUCCAUGGAGAAUGAGAGUUAUCUUAUUGAAUAUUAUUGUAUAACUUUUGGUGCCAAUUUUGGGUUAUUUAUAGAACCAUUUGCCACUUCUCUCUCUACUUUUGCUGAAGCCUGGUUUCCAUUUUAUGCUUCACU